AUGUUCCCAGCUAAACACGAUCUAAUUGGCUGGCGUCGUGCCAGACCAUAUCCCGCCUGCAAAGAUCUCCUUUGGUGUCAACCCUCCUCUUCCAUUCUCACCAUCCUCUUUCAAAUGGACAGCCUUUCCGCAGUCAUCGAAGCCCUGUGCAAUGCCUCUGACGAUGAUAUUCAGCGUUGCCUCAUCGCAAUUCAACAAGACAAACUCAAUCGAGCGAUCGAAAGGCUGAAGCCCACGCCACCUACGCCAGACGCGACUCCUGGUUCCAGAUUAGCUCUCGCGUUACAGAACAUUCUCCCUACUCUCCAGACGCUCUUCUCUCGGGGCGUUCAGGAUGCGGUGGGGGUACCCCGGUGGGAAACGGAGGACUAUCAUAUCCUCGACAUCCGUGCUGUUCGGAACUAUGCUCGCAGGAAAACACCUCAAGCCUACUUUCGGGCAUACCUUGCGGAAUGGCAUUUUGGUGAAUGUUUCAACGACUACAAUCCGUCCCAACUUGCAGACAUGCUCCAAAACAAAACCUUUUCGAAGUAUGGCAAGCGCAAGAUGUCAUAUACCGCAUUCCUAAAAGGCAAAGAAUAUACCGCGGAGUCGAUUGAGGUAGCGCGCAAAGCUAUUCCCAACGGGCUCAAAUAUCUUGGCAUAGAGCAGUUUCAUCCAUCUCUCGCGGCAUUGCCGACUACCUUUCUAUCGCCCGAGAUCAAUACGAAAGCCAGAAACACCACGUUCCGCCUUUAUCGGCCAUUAAUGCUAGACCAGCUGCUCUGCCGCAUUCACGAACACCUUUAUGCGCCAGGCCUUAGCAGGAGAACCUUCAAGACUUCCGAAGGUCACCGUUGGAGCACCUUAGACCAACAGGGACAAUGCGACGUCACCGCACCCGCCAAUAGACCGGGCAACUUUACUACAUUUAGAGAUACAUGCUUUAGAGAUACGGCCUCGCUGUUGACAGGCAAGGAACCGGCCAACUUCACUGCAUUUGGAGAUACAGCCUUUGGAGAUACGGCCUCGCUGUUGUCAGGCAAGGAACCUGCCAAUUUCACCGCAUUUGGAGAUACAGCCUUUGGAGAUACAGCCUCGCUGUUAUCAGGCAAGAAACCCGCCAAUUUCACCGCAUUUGGAGAAACAGCUUCGCUUACAGUGUUUGGGCAGAACCAGCCACCUUGGUUUUCUAAAGACAUGCCAGGCGCUUUCUUACUAUCCAACGGGUAG